GACUGCGGCGGUAACGCAGUAGCGCGGGGAAUUUCGAGUGGCAGUGGAGCGCGGGAGGUCAGUGGGCAGUGGAGCCCCCAGGAGUAGCCAUGAACUCUCUAGUCGAACCUCGGUGGCCUCCGGGCCUGGAAGUCUUGAAGACAGUAGACGAUUUGCUGCGGUGCGGAAUUUGCUUUGAAUAUUUCAACAUCGCCAUGAUGAUCCCUCAGUGCUCACAUAACUACUGUUCUCUCUGUAUAAGAAAAUUUUUGUCCUAUAAAACACAGUGUCCAACUUGUCGUGUGACAGUCACAGAGCCAGACCUGAAAAAUAACCGCGUGUUAGAUGAACUGGUAAAAAGCUUGAAUUUUGCACGGAAUCAUUUAUUGCAGUUUGCCUUAGAGUCACCACCCAUUUCUCCUGCUUCCUCCUCUUCAAAGAACCUUGCUGCCAAAGUACACACUCCUGUAGCCUUUAGACAUUCUUUAAAGCAAGGAAGCAGGUUAAUGGAGAAUUUCUUGAUUAGAGAAGCUGGUGGUUCUACAUCGAAGUUGUUGAUGAACAAGAGUGAAAGCAAAUUCAGUCCUCAAAAAGUGGUGAGCACUUCUGCAAAGGCCAAUGAGACAUCUUCCUUGGGAAAGAGAGUUUCAGGCACCUCGGAUGCUAAUGUUCCUGAGUCACCCUCUACGUCAACUUUGAAACAAGUUACUAAAGUGGAUUGUCCUGUUUGUGGGGUUCAUAUUCUGGAAGAUCAUAUUAAUAAGCACUUGGACAACUGUUUAUCGCGUGAAGAGAAGAAGGAAAGCCUCAGAAGUUCUGUUGAGAAAAGGAAGCCGCUGCCCAAAACUGUAUAUAACUUGCUAUCAGAUCGCGAUUUAAAGAAAAAGCUAAAAGAACAUGGAUUAUCUAUUCAAGGAAAUAAACAACAGCUCAUUAAAAGGCAUCAGGAGUUUGUACACAUGUACAAUGCUCAGUGUGAUGCUUUGCAUCCUAAAUCAGCUGCUGAAAUAGUUCAAGAAAUUGAAAAUAUGGAGAAGACUAGGAUGCGUCUUGAAGCUAGUAAACUCAAUGAAAAUAUAAUGGUUUUUACGAAGGAUCAAACAGAAAAGGAAAUAGAUGAAAUUCACAGUAAAUAUCGUAAAAAACAUCAGAAUGAAUUUCAGCUUCUGGUGGAUCAAGCCAAAAAAGGAUAUAAGAAAACUAUUGAAAUGUCAAAAAAAAAAGUAACCAAAAAAGAAGAUGAAUCUACAGAAACACUAUUCUCUGUAUGCAUGGAACAGGAAGAUAAUAAAAUGAAAUUCUCAGAGAUGCCCUUGGUAAUAAACCACUUCUCUCAGUCAAAACUGGACUCCCCAGGGACCUUAGAGCCUGAUACACCUGAUGAUUGUUCCAGUUGUACGGACAUUCAGGAAGACCAUCUGUCUUCAUCAGAAUCAGAUUCAUGCAAUAGUUCCAGUUCAGACAUCAUAAGAGAUAUUCUGGAAGAAGAGGAAGCCUGGGAAGCGUCACAUAAAGACGAUCUUCAACAAGACACAGAAAUAAGUCCAAGGCAGAAUCGUCGCACACGGUCAGAAAGUGCCGAGAUGGAGCCGAGAAACAAGCGGAAUAAGAAUUAGCGUGGGCUCUGGCUGACUUUUCCAGUCAGAAUGUGGCACUUUUUCUUGCCGUAUAGAUUUCAUACUCAUAAGUGCCCAAGUAAAGGUGUUAAAUUCUAAAAACUAUUUUUAACUGAUUUUUCAUUCUUUUCUGCCUUUCUGGGAAAGAAGUAGUUAUAAAACAUCCUCACUUGGUUAGUUACCUUCUGCCUCUAGAACAUCGCUCUCUAAAAAUACUAACCUCACAUGUUCACCAGCUUUGCAGAGUACACAGACUUUGGCAAAGGUGUUUUGUUUGGCUUUGGUUAUAAAUUUAAGAAUGUCCUUAAGCCAUUCUCCUUCUCUUCCAUGGAGAAACCAGCCUCAGAAAAGGAUUCUCCAACCUUUCUACCACAUGGAGCAGUUGAGUUAAGGCCUCUGUAUUUAGAAAGACAUGAUGUCAUAACUCAUCCUUAGUGUGGGAAGCUCCCGACGCCUGGACACCAGCGUGCACCUUACAGCAGCUACAUAUGGUCAUUGUCCAAGUUUAAGGCAGUUAUUUGUCAGACCCGUGUCCAGCACGUUACUUGGAUGUUAAUAUUGUAAUGUGAAGUCACAAACAAUAAAUUUAAAACAUACGGGCUUAGUCUUCAGAAAUGGCACUGAAAAAUGAUUAUUGUUAGUUUUUCUUUUCACUUGGAUGAAUUGAAUUUUUAACACUUUGAAUCCCAGCUAUUAAAAAGAAUGUGCAAUAAAUGGAUUUUGUAAA